UUUCAGAAGACAUGGGUUCAGUUCCCAACGCCCACAUCAGGUUCACAGCAGGCUGUCACUGCCGCUACAGGGGAUCCAAAGCCCUCUUCGGUCACCAGAGACACACAUGGUGCAAAUACAUAAAUACAAGCAGGCAAAUCUUUCUAUACAUGAAAUAAAAAUCAAGGGAAAACAUCACAUUCAAGGACUGGGCCACAGGCACACAGUAGAUGGAUGCCAUCACUGGACUCUCCCUCUUCCUGGGGAUGAGAGUCUCACUUUCUAACUGUUCUCAGCUGAAAACCAUACGUGUCUCUGCAAAGCACCAUGACAUCUCCCUGGUAUAUCUGUCCUCUCAGGAUGCCAUCACAAAGUGACACUGGGUAGGUGGUUUAAAGAGAAAGGACCUCUUCUCUCACUGUUCUGGAAUCCAGCAACCACAAUCAAAGUGUGGCAGAUUGGCCCUGGGGGUGGGCACUCUCUUCCAGGUUGGCAGAGGGAGCCUGUACCCUGUUCUAGCCCAAGGUCUCUCUUGUGUGUCUGGAGAGAGGAGAGUCAGGGAAAGGGAGAAAGGGGAGGAUGGGGGAGACAGAGAGGAGAGAAUGGAGGGAGGGCGCUUCUUCUGGCUGCUGUGAGGACACUAACCCUCUGGGACAGGGACCUCACUCACAACCUCACUUGCUUCCUUCUCUAUCUCCAAAUACAGUUACCUGGGGAUAGAGCUUUAACAAAUGUGUUAAGGGACACAACUCAGUCCCUACCAAAAGUGACAUCAGAUUAUACCUGAAGGGACAGAUGCUCAGGAACAAAUUUAAAACCUAGCUCCUGAAGCCAUUCAGGGUCUCCAGCAUGCUUCUCUAAUCAUAUUCCUUUUCCUUCCAAUCUAGAGAGGAAAGGCUUCAUCAUGUCUGUGGUUGAGUAUCUCUGGGACACAUGGAGCACAGUGGCCCUGCAGCUCCUGCCGACCAUAGACGGAUUCGGAAAACAACUUGUGGAAAGAGCUGGUCUGUCCAGUUUCUCGCCAUUUAAGUUGAUGUUGGCUGUCGGCUUGUUGUUGAUUGUUUAUAUUAUAUUUAGGAAACUGAAAGAUGCCUCACCUGAGAAGAAAAGGUUUCUGGAAGUUUAUCCUCAGAUGAAACGGGAGCUUGAGGAGAGCAUCAGGAAGCUCCACGCCCUUGCAGACAAGAUUGACAAGGUGCACAGGGACUGCACCAUCACACAAGUGGUGGCCAGCUCCACCGGUGCUGCGUCUGGAGUCAUGACAAUUCUUGGUCUCGCUCUGGCACCUGUGACAGCCGGGGUCAGUCUGGGACUUUCAGCCACAGGCUUGGGGCUUGGGGCAGCAGCAGCUGUGACGAGUGUUUCCACAACCAUUGUGGAAGCCGUAAGCACAGCAUCGGUGGAAGCUGAAGCCAGCGAGCUUCUGCCAAGGAGCAACGACACUGAGAACAACAUUAAAAGCACCGACACUAAGAAGGACAUUAAAGAAGUUUUGGAGAAUAACACCCCCAAGCUGUUUUCUGUAUUUAUGAAUUCCUCCCGGAACCUGGAAGGCAUGAGGAAGAACAUUGAUGCCAUCAAGCUGACCAAAGCCAGCCCUCGCCUGACAAAUACUGCCAAGCGUCUAAUGACAACGGGAAAGGUGUCAGCCCGAAGCACUAGACAGGUGGAGAAAGCCUUUGGAGGCACUGCUCUGGCAAUGACCAAAGGAGCCCGGAUCAUGGGUGCAGCCACUGCAGGUCUCACCCUUGUGCUAGAUGUGGUCAGCCUCAUAGAAGACUCAAAACAUUUGCAUGAGGGUGCAAAGGCAGAGUCUGCUGAAAAGCUGCGGCAGAAGGCUCAGGAACUGGAGCAGAAGUUGGAGGAGCUCAUCCGGGUGCAUGACAUCCUGACUCAAUGACCUCUUCUUCAGUGCAGCUCAGAGGACUGGGGGUGGUGUGUGCUGGACAGAGCCAUGGACACUUGAUGGCUUCUGAAUGUAUCCUCUUUAUACCAAUGCCAUAACAGUGGUAGUGCCUGCUAGAGGAGAGGCCACAUUAAGAGAAAGGAAGCCAGAACAGAGGUGGGACAGGCUUGUGAUCUCCCACUACACUUCACCGCCCUUUUAGAUCCAACAACUUCCAACAUCCCACAUAAGGACCACGCUCCCAAGCUGGGAAGAACAUCCAAGGCCUGACUAAGCCACAGCAUGGCUGCUCCCCAGUCAUACCCACCACACUGCUCCUAACAGAGGCUCACCAUCCUCACAGGUCCCUGAGCUGCCAACUUUCCCACUGCUUUCUGAUUGCUUGCAUAGAGACUUCUCCUCCUUCCUAGUUCUGCCUCAUUCUGUGUAUUUCCAAUUAUUUCCCAAUCUUAAAUCAGACUUUGGAUGUG